AUGCCUCCGGAACGAAACAAUGCGCCGGUGAAGCUGUCACUGCCUCUGCAAUACCAGCAGGACAUCUUCACCGAACUACGCGCCGAGGAUGAGCUGGUCGUGCUUGCUCGUGGCCUUGGGCUCCUGCAACUGAUAACAAACUUCCUUCACUUUCACGAUGCGGCCGGGAAUAAUUUGGUGUUGGUGGUCGGCGCGGAUGAACGAGAAAAUGAGUGGAUCGGAGAGGCAUUGUCGGAGCAUAAUGACCGCAGCAAGUCUCCACUGGCUAGAGGUUUGAGAGCGAUCAAUACCGAUAAAGCGAGUGUAUCCAUGCGAGAGCGAAUCUACGCCCAAGGUGGUAUUCUGAGUGUGACAUCCAGGAUUUUGGUCGUUGAUUUGCUGUCAAAGCUGCUCGAUGCUGAAAAGGUAACGGGCAUGGUUAUCCUGCAUGCUGAUAAGGUCGUUGCAACUUCUUUGGAAGCGUUCAUCGUGCGCAUCUACCGACAAACGAACAAGCGCGGCUUUUUGAAGGCCUUUUCCGAGUCUCCUGAGCCAUUUACUACAGGCUUUGCGCCACUGGCUAAUAUGCUGCGCAAUCUGUUUCUUCGAAAGGCAUCUCUAUGGCCCAGAUUCCAUGUCGCCGUGUCCGAGGCACUGGAAGGAGACCGCAAGGCCGAAGUAAUUGAACUGGAAGUUCCAAUGAGCUCGAAGAUGCGAGAAAUUCAGAACGCAGUGCUUGAAUGUGUGGACCUCAGUGUUGCGGAGCUUCGCAAGGCCAACACCGGGCUAGACAUGGAAGAGUGGACCGUGGACAGCGCCCUGCACAGAAACUUUGCAGCGUCAAUUAGACGGCAAAUGCAACCUAUCUGGCAUAGAGUGACUUGGCGCACUAAACAAAUUGUUGGCGACCUAACAGAUCUUCAAUCUAUCCUUCAAGCUCUGCUUACUUACGACUCGGUGUCUUUUGUUAAAUUUUUGGAUACAAUUGUGAUGGGCAGUGCGCCACCUCCAGGAUCCAAUCCCCACAAUCACUCGCCAUGGCUUUUUCUUGAUGCUGCACAUGUUCUUUUCCAAACAGCGAAGUCAAGAGCCUACGAAGGGAAGCUUGAUGCAUCUUCUUCGGCCGCAUUCUCAGCUGCCUUGCAACCCGUUCUUGAACCGCUUCCAAAAUGGGAUGUACUUGCAGAGGUACUGCAGGAGAUUGAACAUGAUGCUUACUUGCAUCCAACCAAUGUGGAUGAAUCAAAUAGCACCAUACUAAUCAUGUGCAGUGAGGUCAAAACGUGUUUUCAGCUUCGUGAGUACAUCGGCACUAUGAGUACCAAAAUUGGGACUGUAACAAAGCCCCAACAUGGAGACGGAGAGGCGGACGAGCCAAGCGAGGAAAAUUCUUCGGCAGAUGUCAUUAUGAGACGCCGAUUACGAAGCUAUCUCAACUGGAAAAGAUCGCUGUCGAACGUCAAUAAAAAUCUAUCGCAGGACGAAAAUCAGCCUAGGACACCAACAGGAGCGGCAUCGGGCCAAAGACAACAAGGAAGACUCCCGCCAAACAAGCGUCGGCGAGUGCGAGGUGGAGGAGCAGUUAAUUCUGCAGCUGCGCGCGUGCCGAACAGCAGUGUUCAAACUCAGGUUGAGCAACCUAUCGAGGUCAUUAAUCUUCUCAAUGAGAUCCAGCCCACAGAGGUCGAGGAAACGCAAAAAAUCGAAAUUGACAUCGACGAACUCGAGGACAUGGAAGAUUAUUACGAGCUUUACGAUAUGAAUGAUCUUGUCAUGAUUCAUUCAUAUGAUGGUGACAUGGAUGAACACAUUCUAGAAGAAGUUCGGCCGCGGUACAUCAUCAUGUAUGAGCCAGACUCUGCAUUCAUUCGCAGGGUUGAAGUUUACCGUAGCUCACACUCUGGCCGGAAUGUGAAGGUAUACUUCAUGUAUUAUGGCGGAUCGGUCGAGGAGCAGCGAUACCUGAGUGCCGUGCGUCGGGAGAAAGACUCCUUCACCAAGUUAAUCAGGGAAAAAGGGAAUAUGGCUGUCACUUUGACUCAUGACAAGAGUGCCGAAAACCCGCAAGAGCAGUUCCUCCGCACAGUCAAUACUCGUAUCGCUGGAGGUGGACGGCUUGCAGCAACGGCAGCUCCGCCACUGGUGGUGGUCGAUGUGCGGGAGUUUCGAAGUGCGCUUCCGUCUCUUUUACAUGGAAACAACAUGAUCGUGGUCCCCGUUCAACUCACAGUGGGCGAUUAUAUUCUCACUCCCGAAAUUUGCGUCGAGCGAAAGUCCGUUCAGGAUCUCAUGCAAUCUCUAAGAAAUGGACGCUUGUACAACCAAGCUGAAACCAUGCUUCAACACUACAAAAACCCUCUGCUCCUAAUCGAGUUCGACCAGGACAAAGCUUUUACCUUUGACGCGUUCACAACUGGCAACAUCAGGACUGAGUCGGGAUUCUCCACAACCGGGGCGCCCACCAGCUCUAGUUCGAGCUCAAUGACCAACUCAUCAAACGCCAAAAGUGCCCAGCACUUACUCGUCCUUCUCACGCUCGCAUUCCCACGACUCAAAAUUAUCUGGUCAUCUUCGCCCUACCAGACCGCUGAGAUCUUUGCGGAACUAAAAAAGAAUAGCCCUGAGCCCGACCCGGUUCGGGCCGUCCAAAUUGGGUUGGACAUCGAUAUCUCUGGAGCUGAGUCUGGCGAUGUCAUGGCUGCGACUGGGAUUGAGCAUCGUACCUUCAAUCUCCUGCCACAAGAUAUGCUAAGGGCCGUACCUGGUGUGACACCGCAAGCACUUGACCGUCUUACUUUAGAGACGGACAAUAUCAGUGAGAUAGCUAAUAUGGAUGAGGAGCAACUGGAUCCGCUGGUUGGGAAAGAAGCUGCUCGUAAGAUUGUAUCGUUCUUCCGGAAGAACCUUUUUGAUGACUGA